AUAGGUUGUUGUAUAGAUUGUUUUCACAUGAUUGACAGUGCAUGAUGGUAGCAAGUAGUCCAUUUUAAAGUUAGGAGGAGGGUAAAAAAAAUGUUCUUAUUCCACUUCUGGCCCAUUUAGAUGAGAACGUACUAUUUUUAUGGGGUCAAUUUGUUUACUUGUUUGUCCUAGAUGAUUGAAAUUGGAAAAAAAGGCAAAUCAGCCCCUAGAAUCUUCAUUUGGUGGCAAAUUAGCCCCUCACCUUAAGAAUGACUUUUUAGGAAGAUUAUCAAGGGUGUAAGUCAAUGUUCACCCUCAAAAUUUCCACAUCACUAAUAGGUCUUCAAGUUAGGGUAACCAGGAAAUUAUUGAGGAAGGACCAUAAUGGCACAUGGUUUCUAGAUUUCCCAAAUAGUGUUCUUCUUGAGAAAGCAAAGCUCAGUUCUUCCCUUCCUCUUUUUGUUACUGUACUGGUUUUAUAGGAUCCUAAUAUGGUCUGCUGAAGUGAGCAUUCAACAGAUAAAGCUUUAAAAGUAUUUGAUCCACAUAGUUUUUUGUUUAUGGGAUAAACAGGUAGAUAUUUGUGUUGUUAGGGUAUUCCUUUCCCUUGGGACUCCUCUUUUUUCAUAAUGAUAAUGUAGCAUAAAGUGAUUUGAUGUGGAUAGAAUUUCCUAGAAAUUGGGAGUAUAGCAAAAGGAGUGCAUAGACAAUGCACCCUUGCUGCAUCAUCAUAUGUUGUUUUCUUACGCAAAGAUCCUUAAUUUUGCAACUUAUUCUAUGUUCUCAUUUAUAGCAUUGUAUUUGAAUUCUUUGUUCCAUUCAAUUUUGCAACUUGUUGUUCUCAUUCAUGGUAUUGUAUUUGAACUCUUUGUUAAUUGUUCCAUUUAGAUGGAUGGCUAAAUCAGAAACUGAUUUGCAAUUUUUAGGUUUUUAGGUUUUUUGGCUUUCAAAUGGUAGCUGCUCUUCCAAAUCACUUUUGAUGCCAGAUGACCUUUUGGAGACAUUUUGCUUGUGAAUUUUCAUGUUACAUAUUGGACUUUUUGUUUUUUCUCGGCAGUCAUGUUAGAGUAAUGUUUAGUUAAUGGGUUAUGCGAAGUGAUACACAAUGGUGUAUGGUGCAGAAUAAAAUGUUCGUGAGAGGUAUCAUUUCCUUUUCAUUCAUUAAGUUUACUAGUAACUUCACAACUAACAAGUAAGACUUUCAAGGUGAAAAUUAAUUGAUGGUAGAGCUUCUGAAUAUUACAUUUUACUGUCAAUAUUAAAAUGGAACAAACUGUGAGCUUUUUCAAUUAUUAUGCUCGUCACUCAUAGCAUAGUCCAUUCACUUUGAUUUUUCAUAAAAUAUGUCACCAAGC